UCCACUCCCCCAUCCAUCCUUUCAUUUUUUUUCCCCCUUUGCAACCACGAUUUCCAGGCUGUUUAGAAAAAUGAGGAUGCUCAGCAGCAUAGGGCAAGCUUUUCCUUUCAACUUCCCUUUUUAUGCCUGCCAAAUCCUUCUCGCCUCCAAAAUGAAAAUCCAGGCUGCCUGCAUAUGUGUAAUCAAAGGUUAAAAAGCACCCCGGCUGACACCACGCAUGUGUUAAUCUGUGCUGCAGCAGAGUGCAUCAUUUCCACUUUGACCUCAGAGUUAAUCUGCAUUCAGGCAGAAGCUCCAUUGCUUUAUUCUCUCUUUUUUUUUUUUUUCCUCCUCUCAUUUACUCUUUCUAUUGCUUGAUCGGAUUUCGUUGCAUGCGUUUGAGUGGUUCUGUAAAUGUCUGCAUGUGUAUGUGUUUCUUCUUUCCUGGACUGCUUUUAUUCUGUGAGUGUCUGUGAUUUUGCUGUUUGGUUGUUGUGGGUUUUUUUUUCCCUUUUUUCCCAAUUAUAUUAUUCCCCUAGUCUUGGAAGCUGCUGCCUGAUGCCUGAGCUGACGUUUUCUGAUUAUAUCUGCAAAGGGCUUGUGCAGAUCUAAUUUCUGUCUCCCUGCAUAUUAAUUCCCGCAGCUGGGCGCAAUGUAUCAUCCCACUGACGGGACCUGGUAGGGAGGGGGGCAGAACCACUACCAAAAAAAAAAAUUAAAGAAGGGGACGGAUCCAUCUGCAACCAAGAGGAAAGGGGAAAAAAACUUGGUGGGGGGGGGAGGGAGAGAAAAAGAGAUGAUUCCUUCAAAUCCAACAAGCCUGGGGAGCACUGCAUUCUUGAAUCCUGCAUUUUCGCUCAAAAUGAUGGUGUGGGCACUUCUGUUCCUCUCUCUCAUCCAGUGUUCCACCCAAAAGGGAGAUGAUGAUUAUGAAGAUUACACUUCAAAUAAGACAUGGGUUUUGACUCCCAAGGUCCAUGAGAGUGAUGUCACUCUUAUUUUAAAUGGCUUGCUGGAAGGAUAUGACAACAAGUUGAGACCUGACAUAGGAGUUAAACCGACAGUAAUUCACACUGACAUGUACGUCAAUAGCAUUGGGCCAGUGAAUGCUAUCAAUAUGGAAUAUACAAUUGAUAUAUUUUUCGCCCAAACGUGGUAUGACAGACGUCUGAAGUUCAACAGCACUAUAAAAGUGCUCAGAUUAAACAGCAACAUGGUUGGGAAGAUCUGGAUACCAGAUACAUUUUUCCGAAAUUCCAAGAAAGCUGAUGCUCAUUGGAUAACAACUCCUAACAGGAUGCUCAGGAUCUGGAACGACGGCAGAGUGCUGUACACAUUGAGGCUGACAAUUGAUGCUGAGUGUCAGCUACAGUUACACAACUUCCCAAUGGAUGCCCAUUCCUGCCCCCUGGAAUUUUCAAGCUAUGGCUACCCAAGAGAAGAGAUCAUUUACCAAUGGAAGCGCAGCUCUGUGGAGGUGGGGGACACCAGAUCCUGGAGGCUUUACCAGUUCUCCUUUACAGGAUUAAGAAAUACAACUGAGGUGGUAAAGACUACUUCAGGAGACUAUGUAGUCAUGUCUGUUUACUUCAACCUGAGCAGGAGAAUGGGUUAUUUCACUAUUCAGACCUACAUUCCCUGCACACUUAUUGUUGUGUUAUCCUGGGUCUCUUUCUGGAUUAAUAAGGAUGCAGUUCCAGCCAGAACAUCACUAGGUAUUACAACUGUCCUGACAAUGACCACCCUAAGUACAAUUGCUCGUAAAUCUCUUCCCAAAGUCUCCUAUGUGACAGCAAUGGAUCUUUUUGUGUCAGUCUGCUUUAUUUUUGUUUUCUCUGCACUGGUGGAAUAUGGAACUUUGCACUACUUUGUCAGCAACAGAAAGCCAAGCAAGGAUAAAGACAAAAAGAAGAAAAACCCACUUCUUCGGAUGUUUUCCUUCAAGGCACCUACAAUUGACAUCCGGCCUCGAUCAGCUACUAUUCAAAUGAACAAUGCUACACACCUCCAAGAAAGGGAUGAAGAAUACGGGUAUGAAUGUCUUGAUGGCAAGGACUGUGCCAGUUUUUUUUGCUGCUUUGAGGAUUGUCGAACAGGAGCAUGGAGGCAUGGAAGAAUACACAUCCGCAUUGCCAAAAUGGACUCCUAUGCCCGCAUCUUCUUCCCAACUGCCUUCUGCUUGUUUAACCUUGUGUAUUGGGUAUCAUAUCUUUACCUUUAAAAGCAGAAGGAAAUCAGUGAUAUGAGCCUUACUCACUGAAUUUCUUAGAGAGAUGGUUUCCUAAAUCCACUUGAAGUAUUUACGAUGCGCUUUAUAGUGGUCUGAAUUCUUUAGUGCCAUAACCCAGUAAAUAUCAUAUCAUUUGUCCAAAAACUGCCACCAGGUUAUUGUGAAUUAAAUGUCCAUUCAAUAUGCUGAAAGAAUUAAAAAUAAAAAUAAUAUAAACAGGUAAUACACAGCUAUACCUGCUGGAAGAGAGAGAAACAGAGCUGACAGGGCAAGGAGAGCAUGGCAACAUCACUUAAUAGUUGGUACUCCUAUUUCAGACAGAAGUGAGAGAGAGGAGAAUUCCCAGGUAAAGUGCUGUACAGUUUGUUAACACUGGCUAUAAUUAUGCUAUAGCUUGAUUCUCUGUGGGCUUUUCUUUUUGGAAGAGUCAUCUCUCACUCUGAAUAGGUAUGAUUAAACUAGGAAAGUUAACUUCUACUCCCACCAAGAUAAAAAUAGACCCUUCCCUUUGCCAUCCCUUUAAGAGCACAUGUACAAUGCUGUAAAUAUUUCAAUACCUUGUAGUACAUAAAGUCUAGUGCAUGCAUCUUUUGGGGGCCAAAAUAAAUGAAACAAAGGUACCAUAAAGUUUUGUCUUUUAUUUAGUGUCUCUGGAUGUGCUAUUGUAAUUGAAAUGUGGAAAAUUUUUUUUUUUCCUUGAAAAAUUACCCCUUUCCCUCAUGCAUGGAAGAUCCAAGCAGACAGCACUUUCAUGUAAAACAUUAGAGAAGCCUUAAGGAUUCAAAUAAAUAACAUGUAGACAAAUCUGUAUGGCCAAUAUAAUAGCUCAUAAAGUGUACUGUAUGUGUCUGCUGCAGUUGUAGCCUUCAUUUUCCAUUGAUAAUGUUGCUAUAUUUCAACUGAAUUUCCAAUAAUUAUACAUUGCAAGAUCAGCUUCUGAAUUUAAUCCAUGUGCUUCUAUUGCUCUUUUCCCAUGUUGAGCUCCACUUUUUUUCCUUACACAACUAUUUGUGGGUUUGGUUUUUUUAAUUCUUUAAUCCAGUCCAGGAAAUAGCUUUUAUUCUAGAUAUUAUUUUUACAUGAAAGCUUCAAGUUAAUUUUGAAACAUUAGAUUUUGCAUUAUAUAUACACAUACAGUUCUCUGCCCAUUCAUGUCCUUGAUCAGCAAUAGUUGUUGUCAGUGCUGCUUUUCACUCAGUGAGUACCUUUACUAAAACAAACCUUUACCAUGGCUAGCACACAAUUUAGAGAUAGCCUUGAAAAUAAAAGGGAACAGAGAGUGUCUUGGCUACUAAAUCACAUGUAUGCAGUUUAUGUGUUUUUAAAACCUCGAACCCAUGUGGGCGACUCUUGAAAACCAUUUAUCCACUGGUUUUCAGAACCCGUAUGAUGCUCAAUUAUGCAACCUUAAGCACAUGUAAAUAUGACUGACCUUUUUUUUAGUUGUCAAAGAUGUAAAAUGUCACCUCCAGUAAAGUGGGUUUGCAGGUUGAAAAGGGAGAUAUAUAACUGAUCAUUACAGAAUUAUUAAUAGCUAAAAUGGAGGAAAAGGAAAGUUUUCCAAUGUUCUGUUUGUAUAGUUUUGGAAAUAAAAAUGUAUAAAAAAAGGAAUAACUCUUGAUCAUCAGUUGCUCCUUGUCCAAUGCAUUUGAAAACAUUUUAAUAAAGGAACUGCACACACCUGUGGACUUUUUCAAUAAAACUGCUGCACUCAA